AAAAUGACAGAUGGAGAGAUCUCAGCAGGAAAUGUCCACUUCAGCUCGGGCAGCCGGGCGCCAGCAUCUGGGACUGCUUGUCGGACAAGGGCGAGGAGGGUUCGCGCUGGCCGAGGGAGCCGGCCAGCACCUGCUCCGUCACCAACCUGAUCAAAGACCUCAGCCUCAGCGACCCCCACGGCAACCCCUCAGCACCCCCCAGCAAGCGCCAGUGCCGCUCGCUCUCAUUUUCGGAUGAAAUGUCAAGUUGCGGGACCUCGUGGAGACCCUUAGGCUCGAAGGUUUGGACCCCGGUCGAGAAACGGCGGUGUUACAGCGGGGGGAGCGUGCAACGCUACUCCAACGGCUUUGCCACCAUGCAGAGGAGCUCGAGCUUCAGCCUGCCCUCGCGGUCCAACCCGCUCUCCUGCGAGCAUCCCGCCCAGCGCCUGGGAUCCCAGCCGAGGAAAUUGGCCAGCGGUGGGCACGGAGGAGACCGCGUGGACAUGCAGAGGUCCCUCUCCUGCUCACACGACCGCUUCUCCUCCUCUGAGUACUGCCCGCCCUCGGCAAACAGCACGCCCGCCUCCACACCGGAGCUGGGGCGACGGGCCGGCGGGCUCUCCCGAAGCCGCUCGCAGCCCUGCGUCCUGAAUGACAAAAAGGUUGGGGUCAAGCGACGGAGACCGGAGGAGGUUCAGGAGCAACGGCCCUCGCUGGACCUCGCCAAGAUGACCCAGGCUGAACGUGCCCAUUGUGUCCCCCGGAUGCGCUGCUCAGCACCUCGGGAGGAGCUGGAGGUGAUCAUCAAGACCUUUCAGGAUGAGGCCAAAACGUUGACCGAAUUGCAGGGCCUCGCCUUGCGUGCCGGCCGCCUGCGGGACAGGGGACACAACGAGGAGACAGCGGGAAC